ACUUCAUGUUCUCUCUGAUGGAGAUUUUGUUUCGUUUCCGUACCGCUUGUAAAGUACCGUGAUACGGACAGUUACGUGUGGGCAUAAAAGCAUUCACACAUGAAGUGCAGAUAUAAAUAGAAACCCCGGCGAUCAAUUAAAAUGUGCAUACAGGGAGACCAAAAACGGUGCCAUCCAUGUAUACCCUUCAACCACGCGUAUGCAUCUCCAGCUCCAGGUCAUCCAUCUCCCCUAAAGCUGCUCGUCUAUCUCAUCAGAAAGCAUCCACUGGAAAGCCGUAUUUCAGGGAGAUUCAGGUGCAUCUAAGCUCCAAACUGGGAGAGGCAUCAAAUGCCAUGAACAGUACUUACCAACAGCUGCUGGAUUCAUUUGUUGAUCACACCUUCACAUUCAAAUGUCAACCUUUGCGUCCCACUGAGAGCAAUUUUGCACCAGUCGACGAGAUCGGGGAGAUCACACGGGUUAUAGAGAUUGAAGGAGAGAUUCCAGCAGAUUUUCCUGAGGGUGUCUACAUAAGAAAUGGCGGAAACCCUCUCUAUGGAGGCCUCCAAUCUGUUAGUUCCAUUUUCGGGCAGUCCCAUAACAUCUGGGUGGAAGGAGAAGGCAUGCUCCAUGCUGUAUACUUCUGCAAAAGUAAUAACAGCACAUGGUCAAUCUCGUACAAUAACCGCUACGUGCAAUCUGAAACAUUUAGGAUUGAGAAAGAACGUCAGAAACCAUGCUUUCUCCCUAUGACCGAUGGGAACCCUCCCGCCAUGCUCAUCGCCUCUGUUCUUAACACAGUAUGGUGCCUGCUGCUAUUACUACAUCGCAUUUCUUCUGUAAUUUUUUUGGGAUUGUCGCAAACAUUUUGGAAAUGCUAUAUGUUGACUGUUGAGUAUGUGCAGCUGAGAUUCCGAAAGGUAAUGAAAAGCAUGAGCAACACUAGCGUGUUUGAGCAUGCAGGGAGAGUUUAUGCAGCAUCAGAGGAUGAUGUUCCCCACGAGGUUGACUUGCAUAACCUCAGUACACUAGGCAGCUGGCAUCUCGGUGGUGAAUGGAAGUUGCCAUUUACAGCACACCCCAAGGUAAUCCCUGGGUCAAAAGAGAUGGUCAUUUUCGGGAUCAAUGCGGUACAGCCUUUCCUAACAGUUGGCAUAAUCUCAGAGGAUGGAGAAAAACUUAAACAAAAGGUUGGUCUCAAGCUAGACAGAUGCACAUAUUGUCAUGAAAUUGGGGUCACGGGGACGUACAACAUCAUCAUAGAUUCACCACUUACCCUCAACCCAACUAGGAUGCUAAGAGGGGCUCCAGUGCUUGAGUUUGAAGAGGAAAGCUAUUCAAGAAUUGGGGUUAUGCCCCAUUACGGUGAUGCAGACUCAGUAAUAUGGUUUUAUGUAGAACCAUUCUGCACAUUCCAUCUUGUCAAUUGCUUCGAGGAAGGUCAUGAGGUUGUAGUAAGGGGAUUUCAUGUACCAAGUUCUGCGAUUAUGGGUCCAAGGCAGAAGAACAUGGUUAUGGAUACUUCCAGUCAAGAACCAAAUGAAGAGAACUUUUCUCGCUUGUAUGAAUGGAGAUUGAACCUAAAAACAAGGACUGUUGCAGGCAAAUACUUAACUAGCUUAGAUGUUGCCUUGGAAUUCCCAGUUAUCAAUGAUAAAUUUUCUGGCCUACGCCAUAGGUACGCAUAUGUACAAGUGGCGGAUUGUUCAGCUUGUUUCGGAGGUGGUCAUGAAAUAGCUCGACCAAAGUUUAUUGGUUUUGCAAAACUUUGUCUUGAAGAAAAACAAAACAUAGCUACUAAGCAGAUAGACAGAGAAGAUCUAAUAAAGGUAGAGUAUCAUCAGCUAGCAAAAAAUCAAUUCUGCUCAGGAGUAACGUUUGUGCCUAAGGCAGCAGGUGCGCAUGAAGAUGAUGGCUGGAUAGUUUCAUUUGUUCAUGAUGAGGAAACCAAUAUAUCAAAAGUACACAUCAUUGACGCCCGAAACUUUGAGAGUGAACCUAUAGCCAAGAUAAUAUUACCACAAAGAGUACCCUAUGGUUUGCAUGGAGCAUUCAUUACAAAAAGAACAUGACAAGAGGGAUUAUUCUUUAAGUAUGCCAUUUACAAUUAACUUUAUAUAGUCUAUAGUGACAACUGCCAAGAUGUAUUUAUAAAUGAUGUGAUGAUUUGAGAUAAUGUACAUUGUUCAAUCUUGAGGGUGCAAGUUGUGGAACUAGAUUGGUGCCACCUUAUCAUGAAAGAUACUCUGUAUCUUCUUUUUCUGGAAAUUGCUUGUACCCAUAAAUAUAUCAGUUAGAUAGCAUAAUCUUUGUUCAGUUGUUC